AUGGCACCGAUAAAAAAAACAAGACCGAAUGACGGUGUCAAGAAGAUUUCUUUAGCAGCCACCGAUGUUACCCCGGCCCGAGGCGUAGAAGAAAAAAUGACCUGGAAGGAAUACAAGAAAAUGAAAAAGCAAAUCGGCAAUGGGAUGACGAGUAAAUCGAAAAAGCUAAAGAGGCCAACACCAAAAGAAGAUGAAGAAUCAGGAAAGAAAAAGCCUGUGAAGUUAACAAAAAAGCAAAAGGAAAGACACGAUACAGGUGCCGACGUCAUUGAUCCAUCUGCAAUGCGAUCUAAACUUCAACAGGAGAAAAUGAAAAUGACGAAGGAGAAGUUUGAAAAAAGAAUCGAGGCAACCGCGAAAGCGGAGAAAUAUCGUGUGGAAAAUGUUGGAUUCGUAGCUCCGGAUGAUGAAGAUGACAACUCAUUGACAUACAGCAUUCGGCAGAAGGACAUCGUUAAAGCUGUUGAUUUAGCUGCUGCUACGAAGCAUUUUGAGCUGAAAUUACCUCGUUUUGGUCCCUAUCAUAUUGACUAUACAGACAAUGGAAGACAUUUAGUUAUUGGCGGAAGAAAAGGACACUUGGCGGCUAUUGAUUGGCAGACAAAACGUCUUCAUUUCGAACAAAAUGUGAUGGAAAAAGUUUCAGAUGUGAAAUUUUUGCACACGGAAAACUUCAUCGCUGUCGCUCAGAAAAACUACACUUACGUGUAUGACAAUAUUGGAACAGAACUUCAUUGUUUGAAAACAAUGUAUGAUACUGCUCGUCUUGAGUUUCUUCCUCGUCACUUUUUGCUCGUUGGAGCAUCUCGUAACUCGUUCUUGAACUACGUUGACGUUUCCGUUGGUAAACAAAUUGCUUCGUUUGCCACCAAAUCUGGAACCCUCGAUGUCAUGUGUCAAAAUCCUGCAAAUGCUAUCAUUCACACCGGGCAUACUAACGGAACCGUAUCAUUGUGGUCCCCAAAUUCGAAGGAGCCACUCGUGAAAGUGUUGACUCACUUAAGUGCAGUGCAAGGAGUUGCUGUUGAUGAUCAAGGAAACUAUAUGGCAACCACAGGUCUCGAUAGGAAAUGCCGUAUUUGGGAUGUACGAAUGUUCCGCCAACUCCAUGCAUAUUCGCUUCCAUUUGGUGCUGCUAAUGUUGCGAUCUCGCAGAAGUUGGAUGUGGCCUGCGCAGUUGGAAACCAUGUACAAGUAUUCAGAGGAAUGCAUAACGGAACUUGUAAAGAACCGUACCUGGUACAUAAUUGUGGAGGCGUUGUCACUGAUUUGAAGUUCGUUCCAUGGGAAGAUGUGCUUGGAAUAGGCCAUGCUCAUGGAUUCACGAGUAUGCUGGUUCCAGGAGCCGGAGAUCCAAAUGUUGAUACGUUCCGAUCAAAUCCUUAUGAGACGAAAUCGCAGAGAAAGGAACGAGAAAUCAAACAAUUACUCGACAAGAUUCAACCAGACCUUAUCAGUCUUGAUCCAGAUGACAUUAACAAAGUUAAUGAAGGCCUUCUCGAGCUUGAAGAAGAAGAGCGCAAGAAAAUUCUUUACAUUCGUCCAAUGUCCGUUCAGUACACACCACGUCAUAAGAUGCGAAGCAAGAAAAGUGGUUGGAAGAUGGAAGCCCGUAAAAAUACUGUCAAAAAUCAAAUUCGAUUGGAAAGAAAUAUGGAAAAAGGUGCCGUGGAGAAAGAAGUUUUCGGGGGAAACGAAGUGCAAGAGCCAAAGAAGAAACAUAUUCUCGACAGGCUCAAGUAG